AUGAAUAGUUACGCCACGCACCCAUCAACAUCUCUACAACCAAAUCCAGUAUUAUGUCCCGUAAUCAUAUUGGUCCUAUGGUCAUUUAUUAUGAUGAUAUGGCUUUAUGCUACACGUAUACCAGCUACCAAACGUUUAAAUAUUCAAUAUGAUCCACGUAAACAUCUAGCUUCACAUUUUGAAGCGCAAAUGCCACCGGAAGCACGUUGGGUGGCUGAUAAUUAUAAUCAUCUAAUGGAACAGCCAACUUUAUUUUAUGCUGUUGCAUUAACAUUGGCAUUAAUUAAUGAUCGAAAUAAUUUUAAUUUAACAUUGGCAUGGCUCUAUGUUCUCUUACGCAUUGUACACAGUCUUAUACAAGCAACUAUUAAUCGUGUAAUGUGGAGAUUUUUUGUGUUUAUAUUAGGAUCAACCCUCCUAUUGAUAUUAGCAAUACGUAUAGCAGCAAUUCUUUUAUUUGGAGGAGGCAACAGUAUUUAA